AUAAAUUAAUUAUUUUAUUUUUAUUUAUUAACUCAUAAAUAAUUCUAUUUUCAGAUUUAAAAAAUGCUCUAUUUUAUUGGUUUAGGUUUAGGGGAUGCAAAGGAUAUAACAGUCCGUGGUUUAGAGAUAGUCAAGCAAUGCGACAGAGUAUAUCUGGAGCAUUAUACCUCAAUACUCACCUGCGGGAAGGAAGAACUAGAGAUAUUAUACGGAAGAGAGGUUAUUUUGGCGGAUAGAGACAUGGUUGAACAGAGUGCAGAUACUAUUCUUGAAGGCGCUAAGGAGUCGGAUAUUGCAUUUUUAGUUGUCGGAGAUCCAUUUGGAGCCACAACCCACACUGAUUUGGUGUUGCGCGCACGGGAGCAAGGAAUACCGCACCGUGUUGUUCACAACGCAUCAAUAAUGAACGCUAUUGGAUGCACAGGACUUCAGUUAUAUAAUUUUGGAGAAACAGUUUCUAUUCCUUUCUGGACAGAAAACUGGAAACCAGACAGCUUCUACGAUAAAAUUAUGAAAAACAGAGACAGUGGCCAGCAUACACUUUGCUUACUUGAUAUUAAGGUGAAAGAGCAGUCUGAGGAAAACUUAAUUAAAGGAAGAAAAAUCUUUGAACCUCCCAGAUUCAUGAGUACCCAGCAGGCAGCUCAACAAUUAUUAGAGAUUGUUGUUAAUAAGGAGCAAGAAAGAGGAACUGGGUCUGUUCAUUUAAAACCAGAUAGUAAGGUUGUUUGUGUAGCCCGUGUUGGAACGGAAACUCAAAAACUAUUAACAUGUUCUCUUCUCACCGCUUCACAGACGGAUCUAGGUCCACCCCUCCACUCCCUGGUUAUCCCUGGAGUCCUACACGACCUCGAGGCCGAUGCUCUAGAAAUGUGGAAAUCUUAAAGUUUAAAUUAUUUUUAACAAUAUUUUUUAAUUGUUAUUUUUUCAGA